AUGGACCAGGCGAGGCGCCCGCGGCGGAGCAGUGCGGAGCGGUCCGAGGCGCGGUGGGCCGCCCAGCGGCCGCCGCCGAAGCCGUUCCCGGCGCAUGGAGCACCGCACCCAUGGGAGGAGUAUACACUGGUGUACGAGGCGGUGCAUGUGCCGAGUGCGCAGCUCGUCGCGAUCAAGCAGGUGCACUUGGAAGCCACCUCCAAGGACGGCGGGACGCAGGCCACACAGACGCAGGACCUGUCCGAGAUCCAGCGCGAGGUUACGAGCCUCGCGCAGUGCGCGACGUGCGAGCGCGUGACCAAGUACUACGGCAGCUUUUUGAAGCGCUACACGCUCUGGGUCGUGAUGGAGCUCAUGGACGCGGGCUCGUGCCUCGGUCUCUUGCGGCGUGUCGGGCCGCUGGACGAGCCCGUGAUAGCGGUGAUCUGCCGCGAGCUCGUUCUCGGCCUCGAGUAUCUGCACGGCCAAGGCAUCAUCCACCGCGACAUUAAAGCCGCCAACGUCCUCCUCGCGCGCAGCGGGCAGGUGAAGCUAGCCGACUUUGGCGUCGCCGCCCAGCUUGUGCACCGCGGAUCGCGGCGCAAUACACUCGUCGGCACGCCGUACUGGAUGGCGCCGGAAGUGAUCAAGCAGUCGCACUACGACGCGCGCGCGGAUAUCUGGUCGCUCGGCAUCACCGCGCUCGAGCUCGCGACGGGGCACCCACCCCUGUCGUCGUACCACCCGAUGCGCGCGCUCUUUCUGAUUCCCAAGGCGAACCCGCCGAGCGUCGACACGAGCGACGGCAAGCACACGGCGCCGUUUGCGCGCUUUGUCGAGCUGUGCCUCGCCAAGCGCCCCGAGGAGCGCGCCUCGGCGCACUCGCUGCGCACAACCUCGUUCCUAGAAGACGCCGGGUCGCUCGAUCUCGUCGCGCGCUUGCUGGACGGCGGCACGCCGCCCGAGCCCGCGCCCGAGCCCGGCCUCGACGGCCAGGACACCUCGGUGCUCGACACGAGCAGCUUCUCCGAGUGGGCAUUUGACGCGUCCACCGAGCCUGGCGCACAGGCGUCCGCGCUCGGGGUCGAUGUGAGCCGCGUCGAGGCCGUGCCCGGCGCGGCGUCCGCGCUGAUCAGCGAGCGUGCGGCGCCGAGCGCGCCCACGACCCCCGCGAUCGCGGCGACCCCCGCGUCGCCCCACCCCGUCACGCCCAAGACGCCCAAAACGCCUCCCGAGGUGCCCGAGUCGCCGCGGCGCACGCCUCGCCCCUCGAGCCAGCUCUCGUCGCCCACGCCGCGCCCGCGCCCCGACGCGGCGCACGUCAUGGUGCAAAAUGCGCUCGAGCAGCUCGCGUACCAGGCCGGCCAGGAUGCCGCGCAGGCCGACACACCCACCACGCAGCUCUACCAGCUCCACGGCCUGCUGAGCCAGAUGGGGCGGCAGAACCCCGAGUACCUCGAGCAGUUUCGGUGGCUCGAAGGCCUGCGCGCCCGGUGGCACGUCCUGGAUACCGGUCACGGCCCUACGUAG